UUGAACACAGACGAGGGAGGGAGUGAAAAUAAGAGGCACGAACGUUUAACAAAAGGUGCAAGCCAAAAUGAUCAGACAAGGGAAAGGCAAAAACCCCCGCCGACCGCCUCCCAAAAAAGCAAGCAGCGAGAAAGACCCAGUUGGGGUUUAUUGUCGUGUGCGACCUCUCGGCGGCGAAGACGAGGAAUGUUGCAUCGAGGUGAUCAGCGAGAGCACCAUCCAGCUGCAUGCACCCGAAGGCUUCAAAACAACCCGCAAUGGCGAGUACAAAGAGACGCAGUACUCCUUCAAAAAAGUCUUUGGAGUAUUAGUAUCUCAAACCGAGCUGUUCGAGAGUGUUGCCAAACCUCUCAUUGAUGAACUCAUCCAUGGAAGAAACGGCCUGCUUUUUACAUAUGGAGUGACAGGAAGUGGGAAGACAUUCACCAUGACUGGCUCUCCGGGCCUAGGUGGACUUCUGCCUCGCUCUCUUGACAUGCUCUUCAACAGCAUCGGGCCCUACCAGGCCAAAAGAUUUCUCUUUAAGUCGGAUGAUAAAAAUGGCAUAGAGGUCCAGAAUGAAGUUGAUGCCCUCUUGGAGCGGCAAAGGCGAGAAAAUGUGUGUGUUCCAAAAUUGGCCUCGUCCAGACCAAAGCUCGAUCCUGAAAUUGCUGACAUGAUUAAGCUGGCGGAGGCCUGUAAAGCCGACAAUGUCGACGAGGACAGCAGCUACGGCGUCUUUGUGUCCUACAUCGAAAUCUACAACAACUACAUCUAUGAUCUUCUUGAGGAAAACCAGGAGGAAGCAACCAGGCCAAAGUGGAAUGCUGGAGGCACACCUGUGCGUCAGAACACUGAGUUCAUACCACCUCAGUCUAAAAUUCUCAGAGAGGACCAGAACCACAACAUGUAUGUUGCUGGUUGUAUGGAGAUUGAAGUCAAAUCUGCUGAAGAGGCGUUUCAAGUAUUUUGGAAAGGUCAGAAGAGGAGGAAGGUGGCAAACACCCGACUGAACCGUGAGUCCAGCCGCUCCCACAGCGUGUUCAUCAUCAAACUGGCGCAGGCUCCUCUGGACGCAGAUGGCGAUACCAUCCUGCAGAACCAGGUGGCCAUCAGUCAGCUGUGUCUGGUGGACUUGGCAGGAAGUGAGCGAACUGGCAGGACAGGGGCCGAGGGCACUCGUAUACGCGAAGCUGGAAACAUCAAUCAGUCUCUUCUGACCCUGCGGACGUGUAUCGAGAUCCUGCGAGAGAACCAGUUGUGUGGCACAAACAGGAUGGUUCCCUACAGAGACUCCAAAGUCACCCAUGUAUUCAAAAACUAUUUUGACGGAGAAGGCAAAGUCAAAAUGAUCGUCUGCGUCAACCCAAAGGCAGACGACUAUGACGAAACCUUGCUGGUGAUGCGCUUUGCAGAGAUGACACAGGAAGUGGAAGUAGCUCGGCCAAUGGACAGACCCAUCUGUGGCUUCACGCCGGGCCGCCGCCAAAGAAACCAGGCUUUCAAAGAAGAGCUGUCUCGCAAGUUGGAGGAACGUGGUGGUCCAGUAGACAGAGACAUACCCUCGAUUUUGAAACUAGCGAUGCACAGCCUCCCUCCCAUCCCUUCCACCCAAGUUACAGAUGUUCACGAUGAUAUCACCCUGCCCAGGCUGAUUGAGGCUCUGCAGAACAGACACAGAAUCAGACAGACCAUGUUAGAAGACUACAACAAAGCAGCCAGCACAAUGACAUCUCUCCUACAACAGCUUGACAGCAAUAUUAAUUCCAAAGAGAAUUACAUUCAUGAACAGAACAACAAGCUCUUGGAAAAGGACAAGGUCAUCCAAAACAACAAGGCAGAGAUUGAGCGGCUGGAGAAAAAAUCAAAGAUGCUUGAACAUAAAAUUGACAUCCUUCAAAAAACAACCAAAAUCUAUGAGGACGACAAGCGUUCCCUGCAGCACGAGUUGGAAACAAGAGCGCAGAGGCUGCAGCGAGAGCUGUCUGAGAAGAGACGCAUGGAGCAGCGCAUGCAUGGCGCGGUCACAGACACGCAGCACAAGUGGGAAAAAGAAUGCGAGCGACGUGUAAAUGCCAUGCAACAGGAGAUGCAGAACAAACUAUGGGUGAAAGACGAGAAGCUGAAGCAGCUUAAAGCCAUUGUGACCGAGGGCAAGACGCCGGGUCGCCCUGAGCCCCCACCCCGUCAGACACAACCGAAGCCGCCGCCCAGGGAGGAGCGAGUGCCCCUCCCCGCGAAGAGAUCUGUCUCGCCUUCACCGACAACUUCGACGCCGGUUCGGCCCCUGCACCGACGGUCCCGCUCGGCAGGUGGAGAGAAGUGGGUUGACCAUAAGCCCUCCUCCAGCCUGGACUUGGGCACGGUGCUGCAGCCCAUCGUCCCGAACGCCAUCAAAGUGUCAACACCCAAUGAGAAGGUGCUGUCCAAGUGCGACAGAUACGUGUUGACGCACCAGGAAGUUGCCUCUGACGGCGAGAUACAGACCCAACUUAUUAAGGGUGAUGUGAUGAAGACCAGAGGAGGAGGACAGGCUGUCCAGUUCACUGACAUCGAGACUUUGAAACAGCAGCUCACCACAAUCGAAUGCCGCAAGAGGAAAUCUUCAGAAGGAGAUAGUGGAGACCAAAAAGGUGGCGCUUCGACCAGUGUGGAGACGAGGUGCGCUGUGGCUAUGGCGAUGAGGGCUGGCUCCACCAUGGGUCCUGGUGUCGAGCAUCAUUGCAUCACCAAGCGCAGAAAACCAUGAAAGCAGCAAAUGAAACCCAGGGAGCGUGCAUGAAUAAUGGGCCUUGUGGUUGACCAGACGUGUCCCGCUCAAUGGCAGCCCAACACAUGAAAAGUGAAUUUAUAAUUCUGUGGGACUUUAUUGCACUUCACCAUGUUUCAUUCGACUUGGAGUAAAGCAAGGUUUGCCAUUUCUACGCCUGCAAAGGCUGAUGGAUUCUGGUGUUGCUUACAUUGCUCUGAGGAGAACUCAGUGAGUCUGUUAAUAGACCUUUCACUGCUGUUUAUACAAAAUAUAUAAGGCAGUUGUGUAUGAUAUAUGGUGCUGGCAGCGAUAAUUGCUUUGGCAAAUGGUUAAAGCUAAAUCUGAUAGUUUUGCUGUUUCAAGGCGAAUGGUUAAUAAUAUAAUAAAAACACAUUAUCUCUGUAUCCAAGAACACAACAAUUAGAUGGUUAACUAACAAUAUUCAACAUAUUAUACACAAACAGAGUAUAUGACUCAGAACGGAGAUAUAGUAGUCCAACUAAGACAGUUUUACCAUCCUUUAUUCAAAAACAUAAUUAAGAGCUUUUUUUGUAAUCAAACAUUUAAAAUUAAAACUCACAGCGCUUCACAUAUCUCGAGGCUUGUUAUUUCCAUUAUUUCUAAGAGCUACUCUGACUGUUUGACUUUUGGAAAAUGCAAAAAUUCCAGAAAAAAAUGUAUUCACUGAUCAGUGAGAUGAAGCAAACAGUAUUGGCAGUAAAUUUGUAUGUGAGAACAUACAGUAUGUGAGGAUUACCAUAUACUGUGUUGACAAUGUAAAUGUAACAUGUUACAGCAUGAAAAUAUGUUAGGAUAAAAUUUCUCCUCAGGGUGACAAUUAAAGGUU